AUAAUUUUUUCCAAUACUUACGUUAAUCUCUUAAUAAAAGGGAACGUGUACAAUAAAAGGAAAAUAAGGGGUUAAUUAGAUUAUAUUUUUGGUUAACAAUUUACUUAUAUUUACGACUACUGCUUUAAGUCUGGCCCAGAUGUUAAGAAUAAAUGACAACGUCAAAGAUCUACUGCAAUAAUAUAAUUAUGGAAUCUCCUUCUUCAAGUGCAGAAGGAGAAACAGAGUUGAAGCGCGAAGUUACUCGAUUAAAUCGCAUUACGAAACCACUGCUUCGUGAGCUUUGCAGAAAACAUAAACUUUAUCAAACACCUGCUUUGAAUGAUGUCCUCUAUUUGCAUUAUCAAGGAAUACAGUUCAUUGAAGAAUUGGAGGAAUACACCGAGUUGAAAUGUCUUUGGCUCGAAAAUAAUGCAAUAAGUAAAAUUGAAGGUCUUCAGAAUCAAACAAAACUACGAAGUUUAUUUUUACACUCAAAUCUCAUUAAACAAAUUGAAAAUCUGGAAAAUUGUAAACUUCUAGAUACUCUAAAUCUAACAUCGAAUCAUAUACGAAAAAUUGAAAAUAUUGGCUCAGAAAUAUUACCUGUUCUAAAUACGUUAUAUUUGGCAUCAAAUUACCUACAGGAUGCUGAGUCCUUAAGGGAAUUAGAAAGCUGUCUAUAUCUCUCAGUAUUGGAUUUAAGUGACAAUCGUAUUGAUGAUCUAUUAGCUAUUAAGAUCUUUUCAAAAAUGCCAGCACUGCGGGUUUUAGUGUUGCGCGGCAAUCCCAUUGUAUCCAUGUUACCACAAUAUCGAAAGACAGUAAUUUUGGAAUGUAGAGAGUUAACAUACUUAGAUAGUCGACCGGUUUUUCCUAAAGAUCGUGCUUGUGCUGAAGCUUGGCUUGCUGGUGGAUAUGAAGCUGAAAAUAAGGAACAUGGGAAAUGGGCACGUAAAGAACACAAAAAAAUGAUACAAAGCAUAAAUGCAUCAAUACGUUUAAGGAAUAAGUAUUCAUCCGAAGAGUUUCAAUCAUCAUUGCUUAGUGACUCUUCUACAGAGGAUGAAACCGAUACCGAUAAAGGAACUUUGUACGAAUCUAUUGAAGAAAAUAAUAAUAUUGUGUCUUAUGUGCCUAAAAUCAGCUACUUUACUAGUUUAGAUACUUCGAAAAUUGAUGCAAGUCAAAUUGAAAACUCUGUUCCAAAAGAAGACAAACCACUUAUUAACAAUCCAAUUGUUGAAAAUUUUAUUGAUAAUAUUGAAGGUAUUUCACGUGAAUUAAAAUACUCGCAUACAAAUAGAUUGAAUUCAAACCAAUCUGAAGAAAUGAUUGUGGGAUGUACAACUUCUGAAACAUUAGACACUGCUGAUUCUGCUCAAAUAGAAAUUGAUUCAAUUUAUUCGCAUUAUGUGAAUAAAAUAGAAGCUAUAGAAGUUAAUGAAUUUAUGAAAAAAAAAUUGAAUGAAUCAUCUUCUCAGUUGGAAUAUCCAAAAUUUGAAACAGAAUGUGAAACUGAUAUCUAUGAUUUUAGUACAGACGAGAAAGGAGAUAAAGAGAUAGUUUCUAUGGAUUUAACAGAACUAAACAAUAAUGAAUAUCAGAGUGAUGUUAUGAUAUUUUCGCAAGAUAUAAAUAGCAAUAUCCUAGCAUCUAACUCUAUCAACUGUCAAAUUGCGGAAAGUAAUGUUGAAACACUUCAAUGUAAUUUUAGUAAUGAAAAUGAUCAACUGGAGUCGUUUGGUUUGAAAACUGAAAAUGAUGAUAAUUUUAAAAUUACUUCUACUCGUUUAUCUAUGAUAGAUAACGAAAGGGAAAAAAAUGACUUCGUUUCAGAAUCUACAGUGAAAAAAGACUGCGAUGCACUUAUUAACACAAAUGAACUAUUUCAUGACAAUGUAUUUAAUGAGAAUAUAAAUCUUAAACAUAAAGAAAUUAGUACAGAAAGUGAAACUGGUGAGCCAUUUGAAAAUAAAUCAGAACCUGAGCUUAAUAAGUCUAAGCAAAUCUUAACUCUUUCGCAUGACUCUCAACAUAAUUUUAAGAAAAGUGCAAAAGACUCUUUUUGCAAUAAUUUAACUCAUCAAUUGAUUGAGUCAGAAGUCACUCCAGACGCAAAUAAAAAUUUAUGUUAUAAACUAUGUAACUCUGAAGUGCUAAUUCAAGAUACUGAGCAUAUUUUAUCAGAACGAACUGAUGAAAUUCAAAUAUCGAAUGAAUACAAUGAUUGCGAAACUCAGAUUGAAUGUUCAGACGAGUACAAUCAUAAUGAAAUUGUGGAUGAUAUUGAUUUCAGUAAGGAUCUUGGGUAUAUCUUAGAUUUAUUGGAGAAAAUUGAACAACUUAAUCUACCGGUUCAGCAAGAUUAUGCUAAAGACACAGAGUUAAUUCUUAGUGAUGAAGUUAUUCAUACGGAUACUUCAAGUGCUAUUGAUUUAAUUCAGGAUUUAUCAACACUAAAUGUAUCUGAAAUAAUGCGUACAAUUUUACAGUCAUUUCGUAUAUUUACUAAAAUAUUAACUGAGAAACAAAAAAUACAUAACAGUUCGAAAGAAGCAGACAUUCCGACACCUGUGCCAUUAAAUAUAUGCCACCUUAAGAACUUGUUAAAUUCUCCAAAUCUGAGUACUUUCAAUAACGAUACCAAAGAGAUAUUAGAUAAAAAAAUACAUGAAAUGAAUUUAGAAAAAAAGCGAGAAAUCAAACGAAUUGUACAUCGUGUUUAUAAGCAAAAAGAUAAAUACGAUGACACUUUAGAAGUUGUUGAGGGUAGGUUAGUUGUAAUUAAAAAGGAUACUGGAGCUAUUGAAGAUUUGCCAGAAGUUAAAACUUACUGUAGCGAAGAUGAUGAUGAAUAUGAAUCGGAUGAAUGGGAGUCAGAGAAUAAUGACGAUCCAGUAAUCGAUAGCGCAGAAAAACAAAAAUUACAAGAUGUUUUUAUACGAGAUUCAGUUACUGAUGAGUGCAAACCAAAGCCAACUAUUGUUAGAACUUUUGAAAGGUUUUACAAUGGCUUAAAAAAGUUUGAAAGUCAUUCUGAAAGCCUUGAAUCUAUAAGAAAAUUUGAUAUUAGCAAUAUAGAUCUUGAUGCUGAUGACAUAUAUGUGGUUACGAAAUUCGUUAGUUGUUAUAAGCAUUUAAAUAGUGUCGAUAAUGAAAUAAACAAGGCUCUCAAUUGCGAUGAGACGCACCUUCUUAAUAUGAUGUUGGAUCUUAACAACAAAGCUACAUUACUAAGUGAACCUGAUACCGUAUUUAGUUUAAUAGAUAAUAAAAAAGAGCAGACUAACAGUGGCGUAAAGCCCACCAAUUCCGCUGAAUCUCUUGACGAUUUAAAGCUGGAAAAUAAACAGAACGAGAAGAAAGUACCACUUAAAUUCAAAGUAAACGCUGUGAGACGUCAGAGACUGUCUUAUAAAUUUAAUACUAUUCGGAAAUAUAUUGUCAAAGUCAACCAAAUUAAACUAUUGAAAGAAAAGAAUAUGGCAAUUACUUGUAUUAACAAUGAUAAAGUAAACAUGGACACAUUGAUAAAAACUCAGAAAAAAUCAUGUUUAUACUACAGGCCCAAAAACCGAUAUCGUAGGCGUAAAAGAAAAAGUAAAUUGUCAAAAGGCAAGUUCUUAAAUCCAAUAGAUCCUAUAAGUGAUAUUGAAGAUAUGGCGGACUUGAAUUUCGAUGAAAACUUUAUAUGCAUUGACAGUGUAGAAAAUGAUAGUCUAGCAGAUGAUCAAGAUUAUAAGGAGAAUUCUAUUCAAAACGAGACUAGGAAAAAUUCAUUUGAAGAACUCGAAAAAGAAAAACUUCACAAUUGUAGUAUUAAAGGAAGAAAUGAUACGUUCUUACUUCAGUUACUUGAAGACUUUUCGGAAGGGAUUAGAGAUAAAGACAAAACUGCCGAAAUGAUUGAAAACUAUUUAAAUGAAAAAAGUCCAAAACAAAUUAUUGAAUGCCAAAGAGUAGCACCAGAGGAAUUAUAUUGUUGCAGUUGUGAUUGUGACUGCGAUGCCAAUUCUAAAAUACCACGUGAUAAACAAAAUGAAAUGCAGAAACAAACUAAGAUUCACUCAUGCGCUGAUACUAUUAAAUUAACAACUGAGCAAGCACUUAGUGAUAAAGCUUGUACAGAAACUCAAAAAGUCGAUUCGGCUAUUGAUGGACAGAAACUAUCAGAAAAUUUGAUACCUUUUGUUGUUCUCAAUAAAUCGAAUGAAAACGACGAACAUGGACCAUAUAAUGAGAGAAACGGUGUAGGAGUAAAUGACUUAAACUCGAUAUGCGGUCCACAUAUUCUUUCACAAAAAAUGCUAGAAACUUGUGAAGCUAUUGUAGCUGUGAAUAUAACGAACGAUAAUGAUAUUCAGGAGGUAUGCAAGAAAGAAACUGAUUUGAAAGAAGACGCUCCAAAUUCUAUUGGUGAUACAGAAAUUCUUAUACAAAACCCAUCAAAAACUUGUGUACCAAUGGACCCUGUAAAUACAACGAAUGAAAAUGGUAUUCUUGAGGUGUGCAAUGUUAAAACCGAUACGGAAAUAGAAACUCCAAACUCAAUUUGUGGUACACAUAUUCUUACGGAAAAGCAAUCAGAAAUGCGUUUGCCAAGAGAUACUGUAGAAUUAAAAACUUCAUCAGAUGUAUUUGAAAAUGGAACUACUACAACUUUAGACAGUGAUUGGUUAGAUGAUAUAUUUGAUAUUUUGGAUGAAGUAUUUGAUGAAACAUGUAGCAAUAAAAAUAAUACUGAAAUUGAUACUGUUAAUUCGAAAAGUGAUGAAUGUCUCCUCAUGCAAGGACAGUCUGCAGCUUGUCUAAAUAAUGAUCAUGUAGGCGAUGGUAUAAUAUUUCCAGAAAUAUUAGAAGUUUGCAUCAACAACGAUCUUUCCAAAGUAGAACGUAUACAUAAUGAUGAUGCUAUAAAAAUAAACGAAGAAAAUAUAGGAACCGGGAUUGAGGCUGAGUUAGGGGUAGCUGAAGAAAAAGAGAACCAGUAGUACCAAGCAAAGCAUUUUCGUAUAACUUAAGUAUUGAUCUUAGAAAAUUUUAAAGAACAAAACAUUGUAAGAUUAAUUUAUA